AUGGCUUACUCCUUUACAGAGGAGGAAAAGAGGUUCAUCCUCGCGGAAGCCAUCAAAAAUAGCAGCCUAGAUGUUGGCCUCUUAGUAGGAUUUUUGAAAACGCACAAUGUUGAGCCAGACUGGCUCAAGAUGCAGUUGCCUAGCGGCCGCACUAUGGAGCAAUGUCUUGCAGUCACCGGGCAGAUGUUCCAAGGUCCCAUGCGGGUCCCAGACCUCAAGCGGAAGUCCAUGAACGACCUUCUCGAGCAACCACCAAAGCGUUUGGCUGUCGCGUCUCCUAUGGAACCACCAGCGCAACUACCACCCUUGGCCUCAGCGACGCAAGGCCUCGCAACCUACUCAAGCUCGAUGCCCUUAUCCUCAAAGCCCAACAACGCCAGGAGAGUUCGCCGUGUAUAG